UUUCAGCGAUUCCGUUCGAGUUGGAACCGCCCAUCGAUGUGGAAGACCAGUGCAAUGACGAGAACAGUUCUCAUGGUGCCUCGAGCACUGAUUGUCAGGUCUACUACGUGUGUACGAGCCCGGGCGUGAUCAUCCGCGCCCGCUGUGGGGGAGAGACUAUCUGGAGCCCCAACACCGCACUGUGCGAACAUCCAGAGGACGCCCUGAACGAGGUGUGCGGCUGGGAGCCCGUCGUCAUGGCAACCGACGACGCCGGCACAGAAAGUGGACGGCCUCGCCACCCCAGGUUCCGGGCUGGUUUCCGCUGUGCCGACGGCAGCAAGAUGAUACCAUUCUCAAGCCAGUGUAACGGCAAGAAGAAUUGUUCCGACGGAUCUGAUGAAGAAGGAUGCGCGGAGCCCUGCGAUCCGGAGAAAUGUAAGCUGCCGGGCAUUGCGCUGGCGCUCGCAGCAUAUAUCCGCUCGAAUUCGCACCCCGCGUCAUGA